AUGGGCGAGACGGGACGCUUCGGCGGCGACACGUUCAAAGACGUCGUUCACGAACGAGUUCAUGAUAAACAUUGCCUUACUGGAGAUACCAGAGAUGUAGAUAUAGAUAGCAUUAAAAUAAAGUGGAAAUGGAGAGAAGAAGCUGAACUUGAGAGGAGGAAGGGGUCGACGAAAAUUGAAAUGAUGCGCUGGAUAUUUCCUGUGCCAGUUCUUCUCAUGUCCUGGUUCGGCGUGGACCAAGUGAAGUCAAACUCCUGCAUCCGGACUGCUCGAACAAUAUAUUGCUACGAAUGUGACAGCUGGACGGAUCCUCGUUGCAAGGAUCCCUUCAACUACACCGCACUGCCCAGAGACCAGCCGCCGCUGCAGACGUGUAACGGUUGCUGUGUCAAGAUGGUCCGGUAUUCUAAGAGUCCGUACGAGGUUGUCCGACGCACCUGCACAUCACAACUCCAAAUAAAUUUGUUCAUGGUGGACCACGUGUGUAUGAUGGAAAGUACUGGAACAGGCCACAUGUGUUUCUGUGAAGAAGACAUGUGCAAUAGUGCGCAUACGCCGUUCGCAGCACUGGCCUUGGUUGCAACACUAGUUGCAUGUGCAUGUCUGAGGUGA